UGGAUUUGCCCAAGUAAACAUGCAUUAGGAAUGUAAGAGAGAUUAAGAGAGACGAAACCCAUGAAGUAGAAGCUGCAUGGAAACAGCUGCACCUACAAUGGCUACUGGCUUCCUCCCAUCAGCUUCUCUAGUAGAAGCCCUUAUUCACAUCUCCCAUGAGGUCACAUGCAUGGACAGGCUCCCAUACAUACACGCCCGCAACACAGCCUCCACGAUACGCAGAAUCAAGCUCUUAUCGUCGCUCUUUGAAGAUAUUCGGGAGGCGAAGAGCCCGCUUCCACCGUCUUCUAUCUUGUGUCUCACCGAGCUCUUCUCGACGAUCCGACGGACCAAGGCUCUCAUACAAGAAUGCGCAGCCAGGAGUGCGCUGUGGAACCUUAUGCAGGCGGAGCUCGUCUCAAGACAGUUCUAUGCUUUGGCGGUGGAGAUGGGGCGGGCUCUUGAUAUCCUACCGUUGAGUUUGAUCGAAGUAACGGGGGAUGUUAGAGAGCAGGUUGAGCUUCUUCACAAGCAGGCUAGACGGGCCCAGCUGUUCUUGGACCCCAAUGAUCGACGGCGAAGAGAAGAGCUGUUUCAGGUGAUGGCCCAUAGCAACAGUAAAGACCUCGGUAUUGAUUGCAAGAAGGUGGAGGAGAUCAUGAUUGGCCUUGGAUUGAGAAGAGUGUCGGAUUAUAAAGAAGAAAUCCUACGGUUGGAAGCGGAAAUUCAGAAGCAAGCAGGCACCGGUGGCCUAAUUGUGAUAUCCAACAUCAACAAUCUGAUCUCCCUUGUUACAUACUCAAAAUCCAUGAUCUUUGGUGAGGAUGGUAACGGCGCAAUUGAAGAAGAUGCGGGAAAACACUCCAUGGCCCACCAGCGGAAGCUUGACCGUUCGUUGUCUUCGUAUCUAUUGGCACUGAGUGUCCCUGAUGAGUUUCGAUGCCCGAUUUCUCUUGACUUGAUGAGAGAUCCUGUGAUUGUGGCAACAGGACACACUUAUGACCGGAGUUCGAUCGCACAAUGGAUCAACUCAGGCCACCACACAUGUCCGAAAAGUGGGCAGAAGCUGAUUCACACAGCUCUCAUACCCAAUUUUGCACUGAAGAGCUUGAUACAUCAAUGGUGUCAUGACAACCAUGUACCGUUGGGCGAUGAUGAAUUUCCAUCGACAUCAUCUGAAACAGAAAGUAGUGGGAGGAAAUCAUCCGCGGCAAGGGCUGUUGAUCACAUAUCAGCCAUGAAAUCGGCUGUGGAAGCUAUCAAGAUGACGGCAGACUUUCUAGUGGGAAAAUUGGCAACUGGGUCUCCGGAGAUCCAACGGCAGGCAGCUUUCGAGCUACGGUUGCUAGCUAAAUCUGGCAUGGACAACCGCCGUAUCAUCGCUGAGGCGGGUGCGAUCCCAUUUCUGGUGACGUUACUCAGCACCCACGAUCCGAGGACUCAAGAAAAUGCGGUUACUGCGUUACUCAACCUCUCCAUCCUGGAUAAGAACAAGGUUCUCAUAAUGGAGGCUGGGGCGAUCGAUGGCAUCGUAGAUGUAUUGCAGAUGGGGAAGAGCAUGGAGGCAAGGGAGAAUGCAGCGGCAGCGAUCUUCAGCUUGUCGAUGGUAGACGAGUGCAAGGUGAUGAUUGGGGCCCACCCCAAAGCGAUCCUAGCAUUGGUAGGGCUCCUCAAGGAGGGGACUACUACUGGGAAGAGGGAUGCCGCAACGGCGAUCUUCAACCUCGCUGUCUAUAACGCCAACAAGGUGAGUGUUGUGGAUGCAGGCGCAGUCCCUUUGCUCAUCAACCUCUUGAUGGACGACAAGGCCGGGAUCACUGACGAUGCGUUGGCCUUGCUGAUGCUUUUGUCAGCAUGCGGGGAAGGAUUGAAAGAGAUUAGGGAGAAUAGAGUGGUGGGGUCCAUUUUGGUUGAUCUGAUGAGGUUUGGGUCUCCCAAGGGGAAAGAGAAUUCAGUAGCAGUGUUGUUGGGGAUGUGCAGGAAUGGAGGAGAGGAGAUGGCCAGGCGUUUGUUGAUAAAUCCACGUAGCAUUCCUUCUCUUCAGAGCUUGGCUUCUGAUGGGAGUCCUAAAGCAAGAAGGAAGGCAGAUUCACUUCUAAGAUUACUCAACAGAUAUUGUUCUCAAUCCCACCAUGCAUAGGAAUGAAAACAACAAACACACAUAAUAUAUGCACAUACACAUACACACACAUGCACAUGUUGUUCGUAUCUCAUUGCCACUGGAACUUCCCUAUUGCAGU